AAUUUGCUCCAUACUAAUGGUGGACGGUACCAAUUUGGUCCAGAUAUGCAUCAGUAAUACACGUACACAUCAAAUCGUUAAUCAGGGAUGGAAGAGGUGAUCUGAAGUGAACGAAUCGGUAAUUACCAAACCUGAAGCUUCUGUCUCUCACCAAUCCUGACAAGCCUCUGUCGAGCUGCCGCUCAUCUUCCCUGCUCGCGGCCGGCGCCUGCUGUUGCCUGUUGGCCUCCCUCCUCCGCCGGCGGCCUUCAACUGAAUCGACGCCCAUGAGGCCGUUCCCCGGAUCUAGCGCUCCGAGCCGACCGCAUCGAGGACCAGGACCUCCUCCUGAUGGAGAGAGGAGACGAGGCUCCUGCCGGCGGCGCGCGCGGUGGGCGGGGACGGCGCCCUGGGCGUCGCCGAGGACGGUGCGGGAGGACGGGUGAGAUUGGUGCGGUGGGGGGCAGCGGAGAUGUCGAGGUCGUCGGGGGGAGAAGCGGGACGGCGUCGGCGGUUCUCGGCCUCCUGGGCGGACGCAUGUUGCUUCUCGUCGAGUUCGGCAAGCUCCUCCUGCGGAGCAGCUUUUCUGCAAUGCCCUUGACGGUCAAUGGCAGUUCUUCAAUCAGCUUGAUCAACGUCAGUCAGAUCAGCCAUGGUGUCGGGCGCAACGGGAUCGUUGUCUCUGAUACCAAGGCUCUUGGAUUGCAGGCCAAGUCCACCGCCGGUGCUGUUGCUAUGCCAGCUUCCGGAUCCAAAGGCAGUACUGAUGGUGAAGUGAAGGCAGGGUUCGCAAAGCUGCAGGGUCAGGAUUUCGAGUACUACAUGCAGAAAUACUCCAUCAUGCUAGGACGCAACAGCAAGGAAUCAACGGUGGACCUGGACCUCUCCAGCAUCGGCGGAGGCAUGAACAUCUCGCGCCACCACGCCCGGAUAUUCUACGACUUCCAGCGCCGCUGCUUCGCGCUGGAAGUCCUCGGCAGGAACGGGUGCCUCGUCGAGGGCAUCCUGCACUUCCCCGGGAGCCUUCCUGUCAAGCUCGAGUCCAUGGACCUCAUUCAGAUCGGAGACAAGAAGUUCUACUUCCUCCUGCCGGUUCGGUCCAUCUUUGCCUCGUUUGCUGCUGCUGCUGCUCGACAAGCCCCUGCUGUUCUUCCGCCACAGAUCCUGCCGCGGCCAAGCCACAUUCGGAAUGGUGGCGGUGGAAGUGGAGCGAGGGGCAAGAUGAUGAAGAGAAGCAAGAAUUCUCCUGGAUGGCUGGACAGAUAUGGUGCGCAGCCAAUCAAUGUUGAAGUAAUAGGAACACAGGGAGAAAGUGAAAAUAGAUCAGAUUUAGGAUUGAAGGGUGGCAAGGAUAUGGACAACAAGCACAUCCUGGAAAUGGAAGAGAAGGAAGUCAUGUCAUCUGUUGGGACGGUGUUAUCUCACCUCUGUGGCCCUGGAGAAUGGAUGCCUGUGAGAAAGCUCCAUACUGAGCUCAUGGAGCAGUUUGGGAACGUGUGGCACCACGGCAGGGUGCGGAAGUACCUGACGGCGGAGGAGUGGCCGGCGGUGGAGGCCCAAGGGAGGCCGUGGUACGGCCUGCUGGGCCUGCUGAAGAAGUACCCGGAGCACUUCGUCGUCAACACAGACUGCAAGGGCCAGGACAUCUCGGAGUUUGUCUCGCUCGUCUCCUUGCUCAGCUGAACCGCCGUCGGUUAAUUCCUGGGGUUUUGUGUCGAUCUCUGCAGUUAAUUUUCCUAAGUGGGAUUAUGGACAUAGCUGUGAUGUACUGUACUGUACCGUGUACUGUGUAUGUAUCCUCCUGGCUUUCGAUCGAUCCCCUCUGUGUGUUUUACCUCUAGACUAAUAGCUCUGUGACCGUGCUGUCGAGAAUGUUGUUAUAAUGUU